AUGCAUGUCAUUGGGGCCUUUUUCAGUAUAUUCGCACUCGGUCAACAAAAUGAAGAGGGCCUCUAUCAGCUUGACUCUGAUCAACUUUUUCAAUCCUUCAAACCCGACCUACAAACAGAGUCAUCAGACUCGGCGGACCAUGUCGUCGUCGCCAACGACAACAACAAGUACGCACCAUGGUCAUACCGACCCAUUUGUACGGAUGUCCUCGAGGAGAUAGACAGCGAACUUUGUGUGUACACCAGCACCACUUUUGCCGGGGGUCGAGGGUUGUCUUUGUUCACGACCCCUCGUGUCGCCAAACAGAUGAUGAUGUCGUCGGCGUGGUCGACCUUGUUCAUUGACGACUCUUCGUCAUCCGACAGUACCAAUUCUGCACUUGGGCCGAAAGUCGAGGUCAACGCCGAUGACACCGCAAAAUGGUACACGAAACCUGUCCCGGGCAAAGGUAUGGGUAUGUUUGCCAAAUCACCCCUGGAUCGAGGAGAUUUGAUCAUGGCCACGACUCCCAUCUUGAUUGCAUUUUCCGAAAACAUCCUCGACGCGACCACCCGAGAAGAGUAUUUGCGCGUCGCGAUCGAUCAACUCCCCGGCCAGACACGAGACACGUAUCAGAGGUUGGCAUCCUUGUCCAAGGACGAGCCCGAAACAAGAAUCCAAGACACCGCGGCGGCCAACACUUUCGGUAUCACCCUGGCGGGACACUUCGCCCAUCUCGCAGUCUUCCCCGAGGCUUCACGUAUGAAUCACGAUUGUUCUCCCAAUGCACAAUUUCGUAUCGACAAUGAGACCCUGACACAGUACGUCCGAGCCGUCCGUGCCGUUGGCGACGACGAUAAAACAAACGACAAUGACAACGAAGAACUCACCAUUGCAUACACCAGUCCUCUUGACGACUGGAAAGACCGACAGGACUAUCUCUCUCGUUCAUUCGGGUUUCGAUGUGGUUGUGCUCGUUGUCGUCGAGGACAGAAAGCGGACUCCGAGGCUUUGUCGGAGAUUUACAACCUACAAUCAAGUUUACAAUCAAGUUUGACCUCCUCCUCCUCCUCCUCCUCCUCAUCAUCGUCAAAGACAACCGGUAGCGUGGUGGCUGAAGUCGAACGUUUGAUCAGGUUGUACGAAAGAGAAGGUCUACAGGGUUACAUGGACCCGGUGUAUUGUCUGGCGGCCUUGAUCUACAGUUCCAUCGGGAGUAAAAGGGGAGUCGGGAAAUACGUCGACCUCGCGGUAGAGGCGAUCGAGUUGAGGUUGGGACCGGAAAAUCAAGACAUUCCGAUCUGGAAAGAAAUGGCCAAACAACCGGAACGACAUUGGAGUUGGAAGAGGAGGAAAGCCAAGCAAUAA